AUGUCGCCUAGCCCUUUAAAUGCGCAGAGCAAGUGUACGUUUCCAUCUGAAAUCAACCCAAGUGUUACUGGCAAAUAUAUUCCUGGAGAGAAGGGGGGGGGUUGGAAUCUGGUGUUUGGACCCAAUAAAAUGGUCUGCUCCAGUGUAAAUAUUUACAGGAUAUUAUGCCCCACAAUGUCCAGUGAUAGGCAGAGGUCAGAUGAUGAAAGUCCAAGUACCAGCAGCGGUAGUUCAGAUGCCGAUCAGAGGGAUCCACCUGCACCUGAACCUGAAGAGCAAGAAGAACGAAAACCAUCUGCCACUCAGCAGAAGAAGAACACCAAACUAUCCAGCAAAACUACUGCUAAGCUGUCUACCAGUGCUAAAAGAAUCCAGAAGGAGCUAGCUGAAAUAACCCUUGAUCCUCCUCCUAACUGCAGUGCUGGCCCUAAAGGAGAUAACAUUUAUGAAUGGAGAUCUACUAUACUUGGACCUCCAGGUUCUGUAUAUGAAGGAGGUGUUUUUUUCUUGGAUAUCACCUUUUCAUCUGACUAUCCAUUCAAGCCACCAAAGGUUACUUUCCGUACCAGAAUUUAUCACUGCAACAUCAACAGUCAGGGAGUCAUCUGUCUGGAUAUCCUGAAAGACAACUGGAGCCCUGCUUUGACUAUUUCAAAGGUUCUGCUGUCUAUUUGUUCUCUUCUGACAGACUGCAACCCAGCUGACCCUCUGGUUGGAAGCAUAGCCACUCAGUACCUGACCAACAGAGCAGAACAUGACAGGAUAGCCAGACAGUGGACCAAGAGAUAUGCAACAUAA